CAGACAACAACUUGUUUUGGACCCUUCACUCUCUCUCUCUCUCUACACACCAUUUAUAUUCUAACCCAACGAUAGAUAUACAGAGAUAGAUAGAGAGAGAUUGAGAGAGCUUAUCUGGAUUUGGAGCAACAAUGGUUGCUGGGAAGGUAAAAAUGGCGAUGGGUUUCCAAAAAUCGCCUUCAAAUUCCAAACCAGAUUCAUCCCCAAAGCUCCCAUUGCCAUCGCCGAGCUCCGGCAAGGUUCCACAGAAAGGCGCCGUCUUCUCUCGCUCUUUCGGCGUCUACUUCCCCCGCUGCUCCUCCGCCCAGGUCCAGCCCCGCCCCCCCGACGUCACCGAGCUCCUCCACCUCGUCGAACAACUCCGCGAGAGAGAAUCUCUCUUGCAGACCCAACUCCUCGAACACAAACUCCUCAGAGAGUCCGUAUCGAUCCUACCAGUUCUCGAACAAGAGAUCGAUUCCAAGGACAAAGAGAUUGAGCGAAAUGCGAAGAAGAUCGAGUGUUUGGAGGCCGAGAACGAGAGCCUCAGGCAUGAUAUGGAGUUUCUUCACGCCAAAACAUUGGAAGAGAAGGAGGAAAACGAGAAGAAGGUGAAGGCAAUGGAGUCUGAGAUUGCAGCGUUGAAGAAAUCGGUAACGGAAUCGAACAAGUUUGAGAGCGAUGAGUUAUUGUUAUCGACUUCGCAGAGGUUUCAAGCACUGAUUGAUGUGUCUGUUAGGUCAAAUCUGAUGAAGAAUGUGAAGAAAGGAGUGAAAUCAUUCGAUUAUGGCGUGAAUCAUGAAAUCAAUAAUCACAAGAACAAUGAGGAGUUGAAGAGAGAUGAGAUUGUCGAAGUUGAUCGACCGAGACACUCUCGCUGUAACUCUGAAGAAAUCGCAGAGACUUCCGAGUCUUCCACAUUGAGAUCUCGAGCGCCUAGGGUUCCCAAACCUCCUCCUAGACGAUCUCCAUCGUUGUCUUCUUCUUCAUCAUCGUCUUCCGUCUGUUCAUUGAGUGUUGCGGCGGAGAGAGCGUUGACAGAGCACUCGGUUCAUCCACCACCGCCGCCGCCGCCGCCUCCGUCGAGGGUGGUUCCAGCCCCGCCGCCGCCGCCGCCUCCGCCGCCGUCGAAGGGGAUGAAGUGUGUGGCGGCGAAGGUGAGGAGAGUGCCGGAGGUGGUGGAGUUCUACCACUCGCUGAUGCGGAGGGACUCCCGGCGGGAGUCCGGUGGCGGAGCCACCGAGGCUUCGGCGGCGAACGCUCGCGACAUGAUCGGAGAAAUUGAGAACCGGUCCACUCACUUGCUCGCUAUUAAGACGGAUGUGGAGACACAGGGUGAUUUCAUUAGGUUUCUCAUCAAAGAAGUUGCGAAUGCUGCAUUCACAGACAUUGAAGAUGUUGUGCCAUUUGUUAAAUGGCUUGAUGAUGAGCUCUCUUACCUGGUUGAUGAAAGGGCUGUUCUAAAACAUUUUGAUUGGCCGGAGCAAAAGGCUGAUGCGUUGCGCGAAGCUGCAUUUGGGUAUUGUGAUCUGAAGAAGCUUGAAUCUGAGGCAUCAUCGUUUCGUGAUGAUCCACGCCAGCAUUGUGCUCCUGCUCUCAAGAAAAUGCAGGCCUUGUUUGAAAAAUUGGAGCACGGUGUUUAUAAUCUCUCACGAUUGAGAGAAUCGGCUACUAAGCGAUACAAUGCAUUUCAUAUUCCAACAGAUUGGAUGCUUGAUUCUGGAUAUGUGAGUCAGAUCAAGCUGGCAUCUGUGAAAUUAGCCAUGAAGCACAUGAAGAGAGUAUCAGCGGAACUUGAAAUAGUUGGUGGUGGUCCCGAAGAAGAAGAGUUGAUCGUUCAAGGUGUAAGGUUUGCCUUCCGAGUUCAUCAGUUUGCUGGUGGAUUUGAUGUGGAAACAAUGAAAGCGUUCCAAGAGUUGCGAGACAAAGCGAGAUUGUGCCAUAUACAGAGCCAAAACCAGCAACAACAGAAAUUCGUAUGCAGGUCCCCGGCUAACUGAUCUGUAGCGAACUCCGCUUCAGAAUUGCUGCCGGUUUUUGUUGUAUAUACAGAAACAUCGUGUAUGUGAAAUACAAUGGCAGCAGCCAUUACAACAUUCAAAUUUAUUCAUGAAUUAUAAAUUAGUUCAACAUGAUGAGAAUGACUAGUUUAUUUAUUUCUUGAGAAUGACUAAUUUAUUCAUUAUUAGUUAUUACGUA